CUUGCCACCUGUGAUCAUCGUUCUCCAAUGUUUAUUAAAAAAGAAAAAAGAAAAAGUGAGAAGAAGGAAUAAUUACAGCAAUGGAGUUCUCUAUUAAUCUCAUUGUUCAUCUUCUACUCUUCUACGGCUGACAUAGGCAUUUGUCAAAAAGCAUCAAUGAUCAACCUAUAGAGAUUAGCUUCCAUUCUCUCUCGUAAGCAUACCAUACCUUCCCCAGCUUUCCUUUUAUAGUCUCAAUAGCUUCUCUGGACAUAUAAUAUAAGCACGCAAUGAAUAAACUGAGUGAAUCUCAAUGGCCUAAGCGAAGCUUUUAGGCCAAGGAAGCAAGCAAUCAUACACUUGGAACAGAAAAUAGGAAAUGUAAUGUAAGUAUAUUCUACAAAAAAAAUUAAUUUCUCAUACUAUAUAUGAACAUGGCUCAUUUUGUAGCAAACCACCGCAUUAUUCCAAAAAUAGUAUGUAUAGAACCUUCAAAUGGAAACACACGUGGUCUUAAACAAAGUAGGACGAGUAAUUAUUUGAUGGGUUAUGGAGAAAGUCGGAGAAUUAAUGCAGGUCAUCAAAGUGGGAAAAUAUUGAUGAAUGCAAGAAGAUUUGCGGUGCAUAGUUCAACCUCAUCAGCUGAGGAAGUGGGUUUGGUUGGGGAUGGAAAAUGCGCUGAGGGACAAUUUGGAUAUUUAGUAAAUGAGUAUGGAUGGAAGGUAAGAAGGCUGGUUGAGAAUGCUGAUGAGAUGAGGAAAGCAGCUCAGGUUCAAGCUGAAGCAUUUCAUGUGCCUUUAGCACUUUUCAAUGACUUAUUCUUCGACUUCUUUCAGGCUGAGGUGCUUUCUGGUCUUGUAUACAAACUUAGAAACUCACCUCCGAACAGGUAUGCUUGUUUGGUUGCUGAGCCUACCACAAAUGCUUCUGAUUCACAAAAGCAAGUUGUGGGCAUUGUGGAUGUCACAGUGUUGAGAGACAAAUCUGUACUUCAGUGUCUCCCAGCAGCUGAAGUAGAAGAAUAUCUUUACGUCUCCGGGAUAGCGGUUCUGAAAAGUUUCAGGAGGCAGAAGAUAGCAACUUUGUUGCUUAAAGCUUGCGAUGUGCUUUCUGUUCUGUGGGGUUUCGAGUAUCUUGCUCUGAGGGCCUAUGAAGAUGAUUUUGGAGCACGUAAAUUGUAUACAAAUGCAGGAUAUCGAGUUGUCUCAGGUGAUCCCCAAUGGAUGACUACAUGGAUAGGAAGAAAACGACGUGUUCUUAUGAUUAAACGGUCUAAUCUUCAUACAUUUAAUCAAGCAACAUAACUUGGCUUUUAGUUUAAUUUCUUCAUGCCUAUUAUGGCUUGUAUAUUCGUUCCUGGCUAUGCCUGCACAUGAGUUUUAUUUGUGCAUAAAUAGUUGCCAACCAACAUGUAAUUUGUAUUUAAGGCAAAAAUACAAAUAUUACCCUUUGAAGUC